UGUAUUAUAUUUCAUAGAUGCAUGAGUUACUGCAAUGGAUAAGGUUUUAAAGUCAUCAAUAACAAUAUUGAUAUCUUAUUCCAUGCUCAUAUUGAGCAAUAGCAUGAAAUUAGAUAAUGUCUUUGAAGAAGGUGAUCCUGUUUCACCACACUUUAUCAAAACUGUUGAAUUCAUAAGUAUCACUAGUCAAGUUGACAUAGACUCGUCCAUUCAAGUUCCUAGCAUAAGAAGAAAUAUAGCUACAACAUUCACGGCCUGUGAUGAUAAUCAACAUGUGAUACUUCAGCUACAUCAAUAUCAAAUAGACAGAGGUGCCAGAAAGAGUCUUGAUGCCAGUCAAAAUGGUCAAGACUGUGCUGCUAAGUGCUGUAGUGCUGCGCCUGAAGUGUGCAGUUUGGCUCUGUAUAACUUUGACAGUCUUGUGUGUGAGGCUGUAUCCUGCAGUCCAGACAACCCCUGCUAUCUUCUACCUCAAGGCCAAAUGUCAGCAGGUAUGCAAGUGGUAUUGCUGCCGGUGUCAUCCAAUCAAGCCUUUGUUCAGAGUUCAGCACUAAACAGAUCCACAAGAUCCUCCCAGAGGUUUGGUAUUCAAUCAAACCGCCAUUGGAGAUUCAAGCGAUCAACAAAUCUGGCGAAUUCUCCCUCUCAUCCAUCUAAACUUCCAUCUUCUUCAAGCAGCAGUAAUAUAAAAAGUGAUAGUGGUGGUCAAGUUUCAAGUUCGAGUUUCCAUACCAACGCUCAAUUAAAUAAACCUGGAAAAACAUUUGUGAUGAAUAACAAAGUCAAUGUCAAUACACCAACUGCAAAUCACAUUGAGAAACCAAAAUUUGAAGCACUAAGCAGCAGUCCGAAAGUAAGUGCCAGUCAAAAAUUGAUCAACUCCCACAACAACAAUUCUACACAUCCAGCUAUUAUUCAGAAAAAUCUUUCAACAGCUCCUCAGUCAAAGUCUGAAGAUAUAUCAUCUCAUACAAACCACGUUGACCAACUUGUUGCUUCUAUUUCUAAGCCUGUCUUUCGCAUGGAAGAUGUUAGUCCAAAAUACACUCUAUUAACGUGUGAAUUAGGCAUGUCAGACUGUAAAGCCAAUGAGUUCUGCGAGGCGAUCGGCGACCGAAGACGUGAUGGAUUAUGCAAGUGCUUAGAAGGAUUUACACGUAACACAGAUACAGGAACCUGUGAACGUGUAUCCACUCCAGCUGGUAAUAUCUCCAUAGCAGGCAUUACAUCACUUGCAAAUGUUAGCUUGGGAUCUACUUCUGCACCUGUUCCCAUAGUGACUACGACUCCAUACACUCCUCGCACGCUCGAUGUUACUGUUAAUAACAAAACAGUUUGGCUUCCUGCUGACAAGAACAUCUAUGAACAAAGCGUUACGUUGUCUUCUUAUGUUAUUGGAGGUUGUCGUGAUUGUCAGUAUGAAUGGACACUAAUCCAGCGUCCAGAAACAAGCUCAGACUCGGCAGGGUCACUCACUGAGCCCCACAGCCCAACUGUAACCCUUGCCCACCUCGUGGCCGGCACCUACCUCUUCUCGGUGAGAGUUACUCAACCUGGAGACUCCAGCGACUCUUCAGGGAUCAUUCAACCGGCAGCGGUGGGCUCUACCGUUGCCAACCUCACAGUUUUGAAAGCCCAUCAAGUGAACAAACGUCCUGAGGUUGUCAUUGUUCCUGCAAAGCAGAAGGUCAGCUUACCUACCACUGCUGUUAUAUUGGAUGGCUCGGGGUCAUCUGAUGAUAAUACCGAGGCAUCAAAACUUGAGUUUAAGUGGGAGAUUGUCACGGGACCACUGGAUUACAGUCUCGAACAAGAGAUAGGCCAGACUCUCACGUUACAAAACCUAUUUCCAGGCAACUAUACCAUAAUGCUCAGGGUCAAAGAUUCCGAAGGACUUGAAGGAAACUCCACUGCUUUUGUGGAAGUUGUUCAGGAGAAAGACUACCCUCCCGUUGCGAACGCAGGCGGCGACCAAAUUAUUUAUUUACCGCAAACUCAGACCCUGGUUUACGGAAAUGCUAGUGCGGAUGACCACGGCAUCGUUGAAUGGGAAUGGACAAAAGGCAGUGACGACGACGGCCAUCCUGUGGACAUGCAGGACACCAGAACUCCCGUCCUCAAGCUGUCAGGGCUUCAAGAAGGCCACUACCAGUUCGUCCUGAAAGUCGUCGACAGUUCCCGACAAUCAGACUCUUCGGUCGUAAACGUUUAUGUUCACACGCCUGACGCUGCAGCAUUGGUAGCAGAUGCUGGAGCUGACAUUACAAUCUCACUGCCAUUAGUUGACGCAAUGUUGGAUGGGUCAGGUUCUAGAGGGGUUCUUGAGAGUACUAACGUGUCUUGGACAUUGAUAAGCGGUCCUUCGACGCCCAAGUUCGUCCCGUUUCCUGAUGAUAGGCUCCGUGUAAAUGUUACUGGUCUCACGCGUGGUUCUUAUAUAUUCCAGCUGCAACUUACGAGUCAGGAUAACGUUCGGACCACAGCAGAUACAGUCACUAUCACCGUCAAACAGGAGCAGAACCUGCAACCUAAAGCAAACGGUGGCGGUGACUUCUCAGUCACGUUGCCAGUCUCGUUAGUUCAGGUCAACGGGUCGGCCUCGUCAGACGACGUUGGUAUAGUAAAAUGGCUUUGGGAACGCCUUCCUAUUUCAUUAGCAGCUGGCUUAGUCCUGGGGCAAUCUGCCACGUCUCCAGUGCUGAUGUUGACUGGCUUGGUGGAGGGUCAAUAUCAGUGGAAACUCACGGUAUGGGACGACCAAGGAGUCUCAGAUUCUGACACCGUUUCUUUCAUAGUAAAACCAGGACCUCACAACCGGGAUCUUGUCGCUAUCGUCUUGGGUGCCGGCAUAGAAAGCGUCUCUCAUGCCCAGCUCACUAACCUACUCAAGGCUUUCAAAGUGGUUCUUCCUGCCACCUUUUCCCUCCAGCUCAUCGAUUUCACAGGGGUACCUCAUGCUGGGGAAUGUUCUGCGGUGAUCCUCGGUUACAAUGCAAGUACAAUGUCUGGGGAAGACUCAGUAGCCCCGCAGCCUGGGGCUGCCUCUAAUAUCAUCGGUGCUACUUCAUACUCAGGAGAAGUUGUAGAAGGUACACGACUCGCCGCCAUGUUGCAGUCUGGCGUCAAAGCUGCUAUCGCGAGUUCUGGAAACCUCUUCGAGAUUCCCAUCAUUUCUAUUCACACGGUCAUCUGCCAGAAUAACUGCUCAGGUCACGGCGAGUGUGAUCAGGCCAGGAGAGAGUGCGUGUGUCAGAGCUGGUGGAUGGAGUCCUUCUGGCGCCGACACUUCGGUGAUUCAUCACCUAAUUGUGAUUGGAGUGUGAUAUACGUGUUCGUGUCGAGCGUGGCGAUUGGCUCGCUGCUAGUCAUCGGUGUGUGGGUGCUCGCUACGUUGCUCUCCCGACGCAGGGCCGCCCUGGGGCAGGAGUCAAGGCGGGGCAAAAGCUCUUCAAUGUUUGGGUGUUGGGGAGCGGAGGGCCUGUCGUCGUCUGGUGGAGGGCACCGACGAAGAGGAGGGACUGGGGGUGGUAGUCGCUACACGCUUCUUGAUGACGAAGGGCUCAAGAUGCGCGUUCGCAGCAGCCUGCUGGAGUCGAGCAGCGAGUCCGGCAGCGACGCAGAGAUUCUCUUCGACUCGCGCGCCAAACCGCGGCACAAGAGCGCGAGUUUGGGCGGCGAGAAGCGCAAGAAUGGCCUGCUGAAAACCGCCCCUUCAAGACUCCGGGCCUAAGUUUCGUGUUGAAUUCAGUGAGUGGGUUGCGUUUCUACUGCACGCGCAGCUUGGCAAAGCACCAAAGAGCUUCUUAUAUUCCUACGAACAACUUUCAAACUCUGCAUAACAAACUACGCUGAUGCAUAUUAUGAAUGUUAUUUAUAAACGCCUUGUUAGUGCAUUUUCUCAUUUAUGGAA